AUGGCAUCAUCAACAACUUCUAUUCUUUCGACCUCAUUUCUUCCUUCCAAACCAUUUUUUUCUCAAAGAAGAAGAUCAUCAACAAAUACAAGAACAAUAUUGACUUUGGCUAUGCGAAAAGAAGCACAUGAUCAGAACUCUAAUAAUGGUAGACAUGUGGACGAGAACAUGAUUGUUCUUAGAAAGAGGAUUCAAGAGAUGAAGAUGAUCGAGAAGAAUUACGAGCCACCAGAAGAAUGGAUGGAUUGGGAGAAAAGCUUACAUGGGAAUUAUAAUUCGAGUAUUUGUGAAGCCAUGGGAUUUUUGCAAUAUAUGUUGAUGAAUACAAGGCCAAGCUUGGCUUUAGGCAUGGUUGCACUUGUUGCAUUGAGUGUGCCCACAUCAAUUGCAAUUGUCCUUUUUCAUCUCUUAGAGUUUACUAAAGGGAUUUUGGCUGGUGAUAAUAUUAUUAGUUAA